AUGGCAGUCAUAAAUCUAAAAAAGUUGACCAGAGAAUGGUUUGAAAAGGCCUCUUUCGGAAGAAACACAGAUGUCGAGGACGAUGGCAUCACAGUAAAAGGAAAAAUAAACGUACCAGCUGACUCUGUACGUUGGACGAAGAUCAGCCAGAGGAACGACGAAAAGACAUUUACAAGACAGGUGAACAUUGUCAACUACAAACCCCAAGCUCUGGCGCAGAUAUCUGUCCCGGCCUGUGACAACGUGACUCGUGUUCUCCUUGAGAAAGGUAUUGUCAAAGGGCUAGAAAAGAAUCCAACAGUCAGUCUGCCACUGGGUAACACUGGCCUACACGAGAUAUUUGGAAACCGGAUUAAAAUUGAUCUUAGCCUGCCUGCUCAAGAAGACAGAAAUUGCCAGGAGAGACCAAGCAAUGAUCCAGUGUUCAGCGAACAAAACAUUGCCAGGGGGGCCACUUCUGCAGUUGUUCAGUACAAGGAGAUGGAAUCAGAAUGGAAGUUUGUUUGUGAGAACGCAACUCUGAAUGGAAUCGCCAUUAUCAGGAACGGCAUACAAAGGACACAACAACAGAUUAGUGAAAUCAUCAAACUCACAGACUAUCUUCAUGACCUUGACGAUAUUAAGGUCGUCAACGGCCAGGUUCGAUUCACAAUCUCAGGAGAAAUCAAAUUUAAAUGGGACUGUCAGCACAAAGUGUUAUGGUAG